UGUCUGUUAAACGAUGUGAUAGGGGUUGAACUGCAGAUCACAGACUUUGAUUGCAGUACCUAGGAUGCAAAACAGCCAGUCCGGGUAACACGGUAAUACAGACUUGGCCUCACUAUCAGCUGUGUGAAGACAGAACCAGGCCACGGUUAGACUGUCAACCAGUGUAAAAAGCAGAACACGGCUUGGAGAUGUGGAACUUCUGGAAACGGAGCCUUCUGGAAAGCAUUUAAUGUGUUGGCUAAUGUGGGAAAUUACUGGUUUGGGGCAGAGACACCGACUGAAGUUGGGCCCUGUGUGUCAGGGCGCUGUACAAAUGCCAGCUGGGCUACGGGACAACUUGGAGUGGGGAAAAAGAUGAAGUGACCUGACCUUGGUUCCCACUUUCAGAACAAACACAACAAAUGCCCAUUGCUAAGAGGCAGCAGUAACUCCUUAGGGAGCUGUUUCCUGUCUGAAUAUAUUGUUACUGGGAUGACUCAGGGGCUGCUUCACAAGAUGCAGGAAAAAUUCCCCAUCUGUAUUCUGAUUGCAGCUGGACUAUUGGAUUUAUCCGGUGCCUCCAGGAACGAACAUCAUGGCAGUGAAGUAUUAGGCCUGAGCUUUCCUGGGGAAGCACAAGCAAGAGCUGAGAUCAGCCCAGUGCCCAGCGAAGUGUUUUCCAUUACAGAAGAUAGCUCGGAUGAGGUGACCUUAAAUUUUCAGAGUGCAGCAGUUGAUCCUGCCAAUGACACAACAGUUGACUUCAUUCCUGUCCAUACAGGGACAGCUGCAAGAAGAACAGCCGAGCUGCCGAAGGAGUUGGUUACAAACUUGGAGGUGCCUGAGCAACUGCAGACAGAAGCAGCCACUUUAAAACUCCAGGCUGGACACACAUUUCCUAGCAAGCUCUUGAGUAGCAUAAGCAUGUCUGUCUCCACACCAGGAUCACAGGCUACCACACAUCUGGAACAUCCAGACAGGUCACUGCAAGGAAAACCAAAAAAUAUUCCUGGGGCUGGUUCCAGUCCCACCAGCUCUGGCACUGGGCUGCCCCAGCCCUUUCUCAGUGGAGGGACUCAUCAAGACUCUCCCCAGUUUACAGCUGUCUCUUCCAUUCCUGUUAUCAAGCAGAUGGAGGUGCCAAGUCCUACAACAUCUCUUCUGACUUCUGUGGUAAAUUUUCAUUCUCCAAGAAAAGAAAUAGAAGCGUCUCCAUUUCCCACAGGAGUUAGGAUUGCUCUUGAAGGUGCAAGCGUGGAUUGGUUACCAAGAGGAAUGCCUCUCACUACCAAAAGGCCAAAAGACACAAAUCCACAAGUCCAGCCUGACAGCAAAGCCGUUGUGACACCUGCAUACCCAAAGAAGACUCAGAGUAUGGAUGCUAAAGGUACAACUUCUGCAUUCCUACAAAAGCCAGCUUCAGGGGACCUUGAUGCAGUCCAUUCCAGAAUGACACAGACAAGUGCUAUUCGUCUUUCCCCUAUUUUCUCUGGCAAUAAAGCCAGAAACUCAACAACAGCUGUAAUAAAUGGUUCUGGAUACCCAACCCAGUUGCCCGCUCUUCAGUCACUCCCACAAGGCAACGUACUUUCUUCUUCACUAUUGAUACAUCUGGAAGCUCUAGUUCGUGAUGACUUACUUCCAUCUCCAUUUCAAGGGCCCAUCAGCACAACUGAUAGACAGCAGCCCCUCUCUUCGUCCCGGACUCUCAACUGUACUAAACAACAUGUUUCCCAAAAAAACAACAGCAGCUAUCAAGAAAUUGCAGUUCUGGUUUUGCAAAGAGAUACUGAUCAUCAGAUGAUGACAAGUAAACCUGAAAAACCCAGAUCCCCUGAGAGCCCGCAGGCUUCUGCUAAUUCAUCCUCAUUAGGCCAGUCAUGGAUUUCCACAUUAAAACUUUCCCAAACUACUAAAGAGCUGAAAGGAGUAACAUCUGCACUCUUUCCAGGUACAUCUACCUUUGAGAACGCGGUCCUUCAGCCUGUAAGCACUUUUGAUCCUGUUCAUGCUUCCACCCACCAGCCACCAGGUACAUCUCUUCCUGCUUACGCUGGAUUGCAGCUAAUGGGCAUCCCCACCUCUGAGAGAGGACUUCAUAUACCAACUUCAUCCAUGUCUGCUGGUUCUGUGUCUCGGGUUCAAGGCAUUUCUGCCCACCCUGUAUCUCUGGAAGCCUUCCCUGUGAUGUUGCAGAUGAGCACGGUGGAAGACUCCAAGGGAAAGAAAAGUCUCCCACAACAGACAGGUAAAACCGGUUCUUCCCCACUGACUCCACAAGCCAGCCCAGUCCCUGGCCCCUCUGGACUGCGUGACAGUGUGAACCAGAAAGUUCCUCUUCACAGCUUUGCCCCUUCAGCCUCCCAGAUCCAGCAGGCUGGCAGCCUGGCAGCUUUUGCCUCAAAACUGCCCUCACUCCAUGAACAGGGAAGCCAGUCCAGCUCGACAACAGCGCAUCCUGAACCGAUGGUGCCCGGUGUUUCUGAUGAGAUCCCAGCGUAUCUGGCACAAGCACUAGUGCAGCAGUUUGGUAUGUCACAUGACACAGCUCCCAAAAACCUCAGUGCUUUUAGAGGCGAUCACCUUAGAGUGCUUACAUCCCCAUUCCUGUCCUUUCUGCUUAAAAGUGCCAAUGGCAUGAUAUGCCUGCAGCCCAUGCAAGAUUCCCCUUUACCUACAAAAUUCCAAAAUACCAGUGCUGGGGGUCUGGUUUCCAUUCAGCAAAUCCUGGCAGCAUCAAAUUCUUCAGUGCUGGACCUUGCAAACUUUCAAAAUCUGACUCCUCCUAGCUUAAUUCUGGUUAAGCCUGUGUUUAUACUUCUGCCAGUUGACGGACCAGAUUUACAGGUGGUGCCCUCUCCUGAGGGUAAAGAUGACCACAAAACUGCCCUCUUGUUCACAAACCAGAAAGAUCUCAGUUCGGGUACACCUGAAAGCAGCCAUGAUAUCCUGAUGAAAACUAGUUCCUCUUAUCCCACUAGUAAGUCUUCAAGGUCUGAAACUACUCUCUCCACUGCAUCUAACCAACUUUCUGCAGAGAAAGCAGAAGUAACUUCUCAGCCAGUGCUAGCUAAUCCUAACUAUACAGCCAUCACUAGUUUGUUUCCAGCUUUUACCUCAGCAUCAAAUCAUUUGCUGGGCCCACAGAUGAGAAUUGGCACUACGGUGCAGGCCGUGCAUCUGCACAGGCUGCCUGAAGAGGUGCAGGUACCUGCGCCCAGUUCCCAAGGUGCCAGGGGGACUGAUUUGCUUUUACUUGACAGUGUGUUGGCAGAGCCUUUCACCUCCACCGCGCCACCAUUUGUGGUGUCUGCACAGCAUAGCCACCGUAUUUCCCCUGGAGUAUUUUUCACUGCUGGAAAGCCACAUUCUUCUGUCAUUCCUUUACUGUCAGCAAAGAGGCUCCCUGAUUUUCAAAUGCCUGCCCGACCUCCACUUACUGUCACAGAGGCUGUAGAUGAGAUGCAGCACAGUCAGAAACUAAUGCUGCAAACUACCGGCCAUCACCAAGGCUUGGUGACGACACCUUCCCCUGUCCGUGCGCACUGCACGGAGUGUUUGCCUUGGCACUCAGCUAGAACCAUAAAAUACCCAUUAAAGAGGGUCACAAGCAUCGUGCCUUUGCAGUCCACAUCACAAAGUCUCCGAAGUACUGAGUCACUCCAAAGGCUGCCGACCCAAGUUCACUUUAUACCCAGCACAUCAUCAGCUUUCUCAGUGCUUCCAGCUGGAAAUGAUGGCAGAGAUCCAGCAGUGGGCAGCACGACCUGUUCAGGAGGAGUCGCUGUGUGUGCUAAAGAAGCACGAACCUUCACCUCUUCUGUAAAACCUGAUCUUGCUAAACAUUUGGAAUUUACUCCCGUUAUGCCUAAGCCCUUUACAGUGACAGAGAGACCAACAACAGCACCGGUGCAUACUUCACCUUCAACAAAGGGCCAAAUGAAAACAGCAGCUUCUGGGAAACUUCUGGCUACGAUUGCCCAUCCAAGGAUGUUUAUCAGCUCUCCUGCAAGUCCUGCUUCACCUGUGUCUACACGUGUUUCCCUGCUGUCAGCCACAAAACAUGACCAAAUCCAUCGAGCCCCUACUAAACUGUUGUCACAGGCCAAUGUGGGAGAAAAUGCAAAGCCAACUGAAAUCAGCACAAGUGCAAGAAAAAUAGGAACCAGUAAGUUCCUGGGAACAAGCGUGUCUCUGUCAGCCAUGUUUAACACGAGGACGCAGCAAACCCCCCCAGCAGAUCUUGGGAAUAAGGUCAAUUUAACUCUGCUACAACCACCGGUGUCUGCAGGAUCUGUUAUUGCUCUUGAGAGACAGCCUGAAUUGUCCCAGACCACAGCACAGCCUCCCUUACCUUGCAGUUGUGAGUGA